AACCAUACGGAAGUGACUUCAUCAUCGGAGAUGGGCCGCAUCAAUAUCUGCAACCGAGGACUCGUGAUCUUGGGAUAAAUAAAAAUAUCAAAGACAAACAAAAGCAAUAAAUUAAAUAUCGAAGAAAAAGAAAAUGCGGGAGCGACCAGGUGUGGGAUCCCAUCAUCAUCGAUAAUUGACACGAUGUCGACGAUGGACCCACCCGAUAGUUUUGUGCCUCGUAUUUUUUGAAAAACUCUAUUUUGUACACACAUGGUUGGCGGUGAUUGUUUGAGCGUCGCGAGAGUGCGCGUUUAAAGAUUGGGAAAGAAAAGAGAAAAAAAAGAAAAAGAAAGUAACGAUGUCGUUCCUGUCGAACCUGAAGAAAGCCUUCCACUUUGGCGGCAAUGAGGCUAAAAAGAAGAAGCUCUACAACAACAUCAAGAUGGACGUCAAUCCCGAGGAGUUUUGGGAUAUGAUCGGAGAGCUGGGAGAUGGCGCUUUCGGGAAGGUUUACAAGAUCUAAACCAUACGGAAGUGACUUCAUCAUCGGAGAUGGGCCGCAUCAAUAUCUGCAACCGAGGACUCGUGAUCUUGGGAUAAAUAAAAAUAUCAAAGACAAACAAAAGCAAUAAAUUAAAUAUCGAAGAAAAAGAAAAUGCGGGAGCGACCAGGUGUGGGAUCCCAUCAUCAUCGAUAAUUGACACGAUGUCGACGAUGGACCCACCCGAUAGUUUUGUGCCUCGUAUUUUUUGAAAAACUCUAUUUUGUACACACAUGGUUGGCGGUGAUUGUUUGAGCGUCGCGAGAGUGCGCGUUUAAAGAUUGGGAAAGAAAAGAGAAAAAAAAGAAAAAGAAAGUAACGAUGUCGUUCCUGUCGAACCUGAAGAAAGCCUUCCACUUUGGCGGCAAUGAGGCUAAAAAGAAGAAGCUCUACAACAACAUCAAGAUGGACGUCAAUCCCGAGGAGUUUUGGGAUAUGAUCGGAGAGCUGGGAGAUGGCGCUUUCGGGAAGGUUUACAAGGCCCAACACAAACAAACGCAUCAGCUGGCUGCUGCAAAAAUGUGCGCGCUCGACGGGGAGGACGAUCUCAGCGAUUUCAUGAUCGAGAUCGACAUCCUGUCAGAGUGCAAGCACCCGAACGUCGUUGAACUGCACGAGGCUUACUUUAUCGAGGGAAAAUUAUGG